AUGUUGAACAGACUAUCAGUUGGCCUGCCACCUGAACAGGUAUCUCGAAGAAUCGAACCUGUAGACAAUACAGCAUCUGUCUUAGAUCCUCGGCCGCGGGAUGAAGUAGUGGUAUGGCCUAUCAUGAGCGCCGAAAAUAGUCCCAUCUAUUCUAGUCGUUCCAACAGCUACAAUACGCUCCAGAAACAACAAAAAGAUCUCCAACAGCUCUGGAAAGAGGCGAUCGAUAAAUUCGAAGCCUCCCUGGAAGGCAUGAAACUGAGCCCGCUUUUGCAGGCCCAGGAGCAGAUCAAUACGGGAGAUUCCACGAUGGAAUUGUCGGAGCUUCUUGCGAACCUUGAGGAGCAAAUGAAGCGCGUUGGCCUUCGAGGUAAAAUUGCUGAUACUGUUGGAAAGGUGGCCCCUCAUAUUAAUCGAAUUGCCAUUGUCGGUGAUGUCGCCGUCAGUGCGAACCCCAUGCCUGCCGCGCUACCUUGGGCCGCUGUUCGAUUUAUCCUCCUGAAUGUUACAGCUGGCGAAGAGAUUCGGGUCAAGAUCUUCGAAGGCAUCGCUGAAAUUAUUACCCUGAUCUUCGAGUGCAGUGUCUAUCGGGAACUUUACUUGACCGCAGAGGAUACCAAAUCUCUAUCUGCAGCUAAAAGAUUGCGAGAGGCCAUUGUUGAGGCUCUCUGUCAAUGCAUCAAGUUUCUUGCCUUCGCUCUUCGUCGACAACAAGCAGUUGCAAAAGCUCUGACAGAUGCCUUUCGCUUGGAAGACUUCUCGGGGUAUCUGAAGGAUCUCUAUGCAGCCAAGCUACAACUCCAUGAUGCUGGCUCAUUAUGCGAGAUGUACCAUAGCUCUCACGGCCGGGAGCUACUCGAGGACUUGCGGGGGCUGAUCGUUGAUAUGCGAAAGACGUCUGAUCAACGGCUGGAACAAGAAGCAAAGUCACAACUCAAGAAUCUUGUGUUUGACUAUAAAGCAACACUUGAGCAUGUGCAGCAUCCACUCAAUUCCUUCUGCCUCGAGGGCACACGACGGACAGUUCUUCAAGACAUCCACAACUGGGCUGAUGAUGGCGAAAGCCCAACUAUCUGCUGGCUUCCGGGUCUCGCUGGCACUGGAAAGAGCACUGUUUCUCGAACAAUCGCCCGUGAUUUAAAGGGUCGAUGCCUGGGAGGUUGUUUUUUCUUCAAGAAAGGCGCUGGCAAUCGAGCAGAUGGACGAACAAUAUUUUCCAUCAUUGCAUACCAACUCGCUCUGAACUUCAGACCAGUGCGCCAGCAUAUCAUUAAUGCAGUCCAGGAAAGCCCAUCGCCAGAAAUGCUUUCCAUGGAGGAGCAAUGGAGGAACCUCAUUCGAGAUCCGCUCGAUAAAGUGCAAGACAAAGAGUUCGCAAGAAGUGUGGUUCUUGUUAUCGAUGCAUUAGACGAGUGCGACAAGGACUACCGACAGGGCAUUCUAUCCCUUUUGGCAACGUGCCCCAGUGUUCUGAAGGUAUUCAUCACAAGCCGGCCAGAGUUUGACAUUGAAGCACAUUUUGCUCGGCAACAACAAUUCCACCGAGAGAUAUCGCUUCACUGCGUUAAAACGGUCGACAUCGAGAGCGAUAUCACCAUGUUUCUUAGACACCGGAUCCACAGCUUCCUUUUAGACCACAAUUCAUGCCACCCUCAAACGUCCUUGCAACUCAAUCAAGACUGGCCCGGGAGAGAGCGAUUCCAAAUUCUUGUCGAGAGGUCCAUUCCCUUGUUCAUCGCCGCUGCAACCUUUGUUCGCCUCAUAGAGAACACCUCCUGGAUAGGAAGUCCGGAUUCUCGGCUGAAUUCUAUACUUGGAAAGUCCAACCAACACAGCUCCACCUACGGAACGAUAUACAAGCCAGUAUUAGAUCUCAUAUUAAAUGGCGCGCCAGCCGAAGCACGGGCCAAAGCUCACGGUAGUUUCAUUCGCAUCAUCGGCUCCAUCAUCCUUCUAGCUAGUCCUCUGUCUAUGACAUCUCUUGCUGUCCUACUUGGUGUUGGAGUACAUGAUGUAGCUGGUAUAGUCAAUCCACUCCGCUCAGUUCUCCAAGUCCCGCGGGAUGACGGACCAGUAACACUAUUCCAUCUUUCGUUCAGGGAUUUCCUCCUCAGUGAAUUUGCCGGUCAUCUACAAGUGGACGAAGCCUCUACUCAUGCAGAGUUGGCGAGCAGAUGCUUGAAACACCUCGAAAAGGAGCUGAGAACUGACAUAUGUGGCCUUGGAUCGCCUGGCAAGAAUCGUUCAGACAUUGACACAGUUACAAUCAAUCGGCAUAUAACUCGGGAAACCCAAUAUGCGUCCCUGUAUUGGGUUCAUCAUCUCGUUAGCUCCGGCAAGGAAGUACAAGAUAACGAUGAAGAGCAUCAAUUUUUGAAAAGCUACUUCCUGAACUGGAUUGAGGUGUUGUGCUUGACCAGGAGGCUCUUUGAGUCUCUGACCAUACUGCACGCUUUGCUGGAGAUUGUUAACGAAGAGUCGGGAAGCGAAAUCAUUCGUUUUGUCCAGGAUGCAAUAAAGUUUAUUCGCUUUUUCCGCGAGGGAAUCGAAGAAACUCCUCUUCAAUUAUACCACUCUGGAAUAAUAUUUUCUCCCAGCGCAAGCGUUGUCCCCCAGCCCUUGGAGAACCGUCGUUGUCCGGAAUCAGUCACGAGACUACCCGCCGUUGAUUCAGACUGGCCUCAGAGCUUACACGCUUUUGAGACAGGGGAUAAAAGCAUUAAUCUGCAGCUAAGAUUCUUAUCCAACAACCACAUAGUUACAUGGGGCUUCCGCACCGAUGUUAAGAUAUGGAAUAUAUCCUCCGGCAGCUGCUUGCAAACGCUGAAAUAUGACAUACGUUUCAGCGAUAAAACAAAGUCCUUGGAUUAUAAAUCAACUGCUGCGAUAGGAAUGUUUGGUGAAGAAAACCUACUUGCUGUGGGCAGGAAUGAGAGAAUCGAGAUUUGGGAUUUCAGCUCACAGUCAUUCAUCGACUGCCUCACCCUGAAUGGCAGGUUGGUUCUCAGCGUCGCUUUCUCGGACGAUGGUACGCUACUGUGCUCCGUCUUGGAACGUCUUGGAGAAUUGGAUAGCGAGCCUGUGGAGCCUGUGUUACACAUCCACAAUCUUCAUUCAAGAGCAUGCAUAAACAAAGUUCAGAUCCGGAACGACUACAGUGCAAUAUGUCUCUCUAUGAAAGGCCAGUGGCUAGCGUGUGUUGCAGAUGAGCAACUCUGGCUCUCGGGCUGGGAUUCAUGGAAUGGCCUGGACUGGGUCAACUUGGGCCCUCAAGGCAACAAGUCCCCGCGUAUCCAGUUUUCUUCGGAUGGGUUACUGCUAGCUGUGACUUCAAAUAAUGGGUGUUUCAGGACGUGGCGGACAGGAACGAAGCAGUGUACAUGGGCUUUACAAUAUCCUUACCAAGGGAGUAUUGCUGGGCUGUCUUUGACACAAGAUUGGUUGGCGGUCUCCUCACGCGGGCAUCAAACAGUGAUCUUCAGUCUAAAAACGGGAACAGUGUCUCACGAGAUGGGCAAGAUUGCCGAUGGCAAUCUCGCCAUCUCAGAUGAUGCAAAGUUACUUGCAAUGGUUUCAGAAGGCCAUACCGUCAGAGUUUGGGACCUCUUUUCAAAAGAAAUGUCUCGUGUGGAGACCUUCCACCCGAAUGCAGUGACAUUUCUGACCAUGACACCAGACGAGAGCACGGUAGUGUCUGCUUGCACAGAACAGGUCAAGGUCUGGGAUAUUCCAAGUGGUCUGUGCAUACACACCUUUGGCGAGUCGUGCCCUAUGAUCUUCCGCAUCGCGACUGAAGAUGGGUCACUUUUCGCCACACGAAGAGGAUACGAUAUUGAGAUCUGGAGUCUCCAUCCAUGGCGCCAAGUCCAAUCCAUGCGAAGGGAAGUAAGACCUUUCAUCCCUGGCAUGAAGUCGUGGGCAAUCUCUGAAAAUGGUGAGCGACUUGCUGUAUUAUCAGUCCUUGACGAUUGGGAUAUAUACAGUAUAGAGAUAUGGGAUGUGUUUAGCGGUUCACUCCUGGACAAUUUGGCCUUUCUGCCACGGAGCUAUCCGAACAUAGCACUGUCGCCCGAUGGGUCACGAAUUGCGUAUACCACUGGAAAUUGCAUCGAGAUUCGUCAAAUUUCUGCGCCAUGCAAGCUUCUUACACGGAUUGAAGGUGUUGGCAUGUUCGUCUUUACUUCCUUAUCAUUCCAUGGUCGGGAACUCGUGGCUAUAUCAUCAUAUGGAGAUAAGCAUGGAAAUAUAAAUGUUUGGGACACAGAAACAGGAAAACUAUCCACUUCAUGCCCGACACGCAAGUUUGGGUUGACAAAAAGCUUCAUUAAUCAUGAGGCACUCCUUGGCCAAAUUGGGCCCGAUGGUUUGAGACAAAAUGUCUUGAAAGAAUUUCAAGUUUCCGAUGAUAAAAGCUGGAUAAUGAGGGGUGGAAAGAGGCUUCUUUGGCUACCGCUGGAUUAUAGACCGCAUAUUCGCUUUCCUGCAGGAUAUACUGCUUAUUCUUCGGGAUCAACGAUUGUCAUUGGGACUGAGCUGGGACGAGUCUUAAUCUUGCGUAUGAGAGAAUGA